CUGCGCCAUUUUGUUUCAGUCAAAAUGCAACAUGAACGUGUUGUAUUUUAGAUGAUUGCAUUUCGCUGUGGACUUAAAUAGUACAAAUAGUGUUAGAAUGGCAGCGAUUUGAACAUCAUAGCAGCAACCAUCGAGUGUUGCGCCAGCGUUGAAAUGCGCUCUUGUUGAAAUAUUUUAACUGGCGACGUAUAUUUCCUAUUUCGUUGGUGAGCGAUUCACCGGCGUUAGAUUUGCGCCCCGGCGGAUUCCCCAACGCACACGAGCCUGCUAUUGUUUAUGAUACAGACGCAAUAUCAACGGACGUAAAUGAUAUUUAGUUUUGAACUGGUGACUGAUAUAGUGUAGAGUGAAUCAAUAACAACAGCUUCAAGAUGAUGUACACUGGCACAAAUACUGAGCAGGACAAUCGCUUCAGUGACAAAGAAAAAAAGUUAUUGAAGCAGAUGAGAUUCAGUGAUUGCCUAAGUCAGAGAGUUGAUAUGUCAAAAAUCAAGCUGGAAGUGAUCAAGCCUUGGAUUCAAGAAAAGAUUACUGAGAUACUUAAAAUUGAUGACGAUGUGGUAGUUGAUUUUGUUUAUAAUCAAUUAGAUGAAAAGUACCCUGACCCAAAGAAGAUCCAAAUCAAUCUGACUGGUUUCCUACACGGUAAAAACGCUCGCGAGUUUAUGGCGGAGUUGUGGGCAUUACUCAUAUCGGCUCAGGAAAAUCCAACAGGUAUACCAGAUUCCCUCAUUGAUAUUAAAAAGGAAGAAAUCUUGAAAACCAAGAAGGAGGAAGAGAAGAUUGAGCCGAAAAAGGUGGAGAAGAAGUACAAAGAGCGUUCACGUUCUAGGAAUAGGUCGCGCUCACGCAACCGAGAGCACUCUCAUUCCCGACGCUCUCGUUCACGAUCGUCGCGACCUAGACGACGGUCGCGUGACAAGCGACGCUCCAAGAGUCGCUCAAAGUCGAGAGAUAACAAGACUAACGACAUCAAGGGAAAUGGUAACACUAGUCCUGGCGACCGCGAAGGUAGUCACAAUCGAAACGGCGAUGAUCGACACGACGUGAAGGAGAACAAUACUGCCAAAAACAAUAUACAAAUUCUGGUUUAUAGGGAGAAGGACAUCACUCAACCUGUCUCCAAACUUCAAGCCAAGCUGAUGUCCAUGGCCGGCAAUGAUGCGCGCAAAUCUAAGUCGCGCUCACGUUCAAAGUCCCGAAGUAAAUCGCGUUCACGCAGUAAGUCGCGGUCUUCUUCCAGAUCUAAAAAGUCCACAUCGAAGCAUCGGUCCAGAUCUCGUGAUGACAAGGACAAGAGGAAAUCUCGGUCGACAUCUAGGGGUUCAAAGAACAACUUUGAGAUCCGUAAGAAAGACGACAGCGUGCAGAAGAAACGUCACUAUCGCUCGAAUAAGGACAGCUCUGACUCUGAGGCGGACGACAAGGGUAAGCGACGGAAGAGCGUGUCCAGAUCGCCGAAGCGUGGAAGUUGGGAUCGCGGCGGAAGGAGGAAACGAAGCAACUCACGUAGACGCAGCACUAGUCGCAAGCGCAGCCCUUCACGAAGACUUAGUCAGUCGAGGAAUAAACGGAGCCCGAGCAGACGUAGGAGGAGCCCAUCUCGCGGCCGUAGGAGUCACUCUAGACGACGCAGUCCUCGCAGGAAUAGCCGCCGGCGCAGCUUGAGCAGACGCCGCAACCGGAGGAGUCCCAGCAGAGGACGAAGAAGUCCUAGUAGGCGUCGUCGUAGUCCCAGUCCUAGGAGACGAGUUAGUCGGGAUAGGCGUUUCAGACGAAGUAGAACUCGAGACCGUAACAUUCGUCGACCUUCACGUGAUGCCCGCCGCCGAACAAGAUCUAGGGAUCGGCGUUCUCGCUCCCGCAAGCGCAAUUCACGCGACAGACAAGAGAAAUCGCGUCGUUCGCCAGUGAGAAACCGUGUGUCAAGAGAUAAGGACCGUGAUCGCCAACCACCGAGGAAAUCUAGUCCUAGUCCUAAACGCGACCGCCGCGACAGUUCACGGGAUCAGGAUAAAAAACGUGACGCACCUUGCAAAAAAGAGGAAAAGAAGGACGAGCAUCGCACCGUUGAGGCCCGCAAGGAACCAGAAGUUGCUCCUGUGAAAGAAAAGGAAAAGCCUAAACCUGCCGAAAAGAAGAAAGAAGUAAUUGUAGUCAAGUCACUCAAAAAGUCGAAAUCAAAGAGUAUUAGUCCCGAAAAACACUUGAUACCUCCAGACGGCCCUCCUAGAUAUUCCCGCAGCCUGUCGAGAACUCCGUCUCCGUUCAUUAAGGCCGAAGAGUUUCCCCCAAAGAAACCGUCGGCUACUUCUUCCAAAGACGAGAAGAAACGCGCGCUAAAGGAGAAGGAACUUAAAACGAAGAAACCGACUAAGAGGAAGAGUGACAGUGAUUCUUCUAGCUCUUCAGAAUCUGAAUCAGAUUAUAAAGAGCAGGCAAGACGGAAACUUAAGACUAAGACGAAGAUUAGCAAGAAGCGGGCCUCUAGUUCGAGCGAUAGCGAACCUGAGUACAAAAAUCGCAAAGAGACGAGUGAUGCGGAACAUCGCAACAUAAAAAAGAAAGAAAAAGAGAAGGAACAUCGCGAGGUAAGGAAGCAAAAGCACGAGAGCAGCGAAGAGCAAAUUAAGAAGAAACGUCAUCAAAGCGUUUCUGAAAACGAGAAGAGACCCAUCAAGAAGAAGAGAUCGUCCAGUUCCGACGAUGAACCCGUUAAAAAGACAUCACGCAAGGAGGAGUCUUCAGAGAGUGAUGAACCAAAAAGCAAGAAAAAACGUCGGCCCAGCUCCGGAGAUGAUUCCGAAUUAGAGCGCAAGGCAGAAAAAUCACGACGGCAUCGCAAAGACUCCACCUCGGAGAGCGAGGAAGAGGUGGCGAAAAAACGGAAGCACAAGAAAGCGAAGGCCACCACCGACUCGGAUGAGGAAGUUGAGCGCAAAAAGAAGAAAGACAAGAAACACAAGAAGAAGAAGAAACAUGCAAAGAAGCACAAGAAACACAAGAAAAAACGCGCCGAUUCUGACGAAUCGGACAACAGCGACGUGACGACCAGCGAGCUGAUGAUCGAGAACGAAAAGAGGCUGCGAGAGAAGGCACUGAAGUCAAUGAAGCGACAUUCAAGUGAAAAAUCGGAAUGAUUAGCUCUAUGAACUGCGAAUUGAUAUGCCUGAAGAAGGAUAAAUGAAUACAUACUUCGAUUUUGAUCCGGUCGGUCCGGUCAGAUCAGGUCAGAUCAUUUUAGACGAAUUUGCAAAAUUGUAUUUCACUACUUUAUUAUCUAUCUAAUCGACGCAAGGCGAGUAAUUUGUACAUUAUUUCGUUUCAAAUGUUCUUUAUUUGAUUCAUUAAUUGAUUGAUUUCUGAGAGUGUGACGCUAAAUAGUAAUAGCGUUGCCGAUGUUUUUUUCUUUGAAUCGAUCAUUCCGUAUGUUAAUGUCAACCCACGGUUCAUGCAUUGUUUAAUUGAUGAAUGUGACAAAAAUUGUGUAUUAUACUUUUGUGUAUUGUAAUCAAA